GCUUUACCAUAAUGCUUUGCCUAAGUAAUGUCCCGCAGGAUUUUGCCUGCCUUUACCGGAGUCUUGAAGAGAGCCCAUGAAAAUCCUAGACAGCAGCAGUUAGAUCCUCUCUCUCCUGGAGCCGGAGAUCUUAAUUUGUCGUGUUACUUUUUUCUUCUUCUUUAUAUUCCAUCUCUCUGACUAAAUCUCUUCCCUCUAUCAAAAUCUUCCUCCUCCUCCUAUCUUUUUCUUUUCUCUUCUCACGUCAAAGAUAAAAACGAGUUAACUUAGAUUCAUAAUUGAUCGACAGGUUGAACAAUAUAUCUGUCUUUCUCCACUCUCCUACGAUUCCAUGUUUUAAUGGCUCAGCGUCAUUCUCAAGCUCAACACCACCUCAUCUGAUUAUUAUUCAUUCAAUAAUUUUAAUUAUUAGAAUCAAUCAACUUGAAGCUGUUCGACACAUGAAGGUGAUUUCUCGUAUUUGCUGUCGCCGUUAUCAUCGUUCAACGACUAAUGGGAAUUGUGGGAGAUGUAUUUAACCAAUAUGAUGUUCAAACUCUUAUGCCUAAAUCUGUCUCACGGGUUCGUUAUUUGUUGAGGAUCAGAAGACCACCUUUUACUUGGAAGGCUCAACUCCUCUCUGUUUAUAAGUGUCUGAAAUUAUGUCUCUAGAUCUGGUAUAGCAUGUCCCUGCCUAGCUAUUGAAGGAAAAUUAGUUUUUUCUCCACAAAACCAAAUUGAUCCUCUCACAUUCUCCCAUCCUGAAAGUAUGAAGUUGUCUGUGGAAAUCACUGAUCCUGCUAGCGAGCUUAGUGUUAGCUUUGGUUAUCAGUGCAGCACCUUGGACCAUGAUAACUUUUCCGUGCAACCUGAUCAAUCUGAGUUUUCUCGAGGGAUUCCGAUUCAAAACACAAACCGGAACGGUUCUUUUUCUUGCUUGUCCGGUGCUGCUCUUAGUGCUAAUGCUACGUUAGCAAACACGAAUAUCGGCAAUGGUCUUAUAGGUGAGGAGAUAUUACCUGUUUUAGAUUCUCCGAAAUCAUUUCGACGAAUGUCUUCUUCUCCCUCUCUUUCGCGGUUGGACCUUAGUUCAUCGCCUUCUCAGAAUUGUAUGCCUAUCCUGGCUGGAAGUGUCCCUACGAGAACUGGUUUUCUCUAUGAGAAUGGAAAUGCUACCUGGAAACCUAUGAGUGCGCCUAUGAGGGUAGAGUCACGCAGCUUCCUCAGUGGGAUGGAUGUACAGAUGGCUGGUGGUGCUGCAGGGGAAGACCGAGUCCAAGCUGUUUGUUCUGAAGAAAAUGGAUGGCUCUUUUGUGGAGUGUAUGAUGGGUUUAAUGGACGAGAUGCUGCUGAUUUCUUAGCUGGAACUCUUAUUGAAAAUAUAGGGUUUUACCUUCAGGCGCUGGAGUGGCGUAUGAGAAAGGAACAAGAUGCAUCCAAUUUUACUUCUAAUGAAGAUGAGACCAUCCCCAGUAAAUCGUUACCAACUAUUGGAUGUCAUGAUCACUCUUCAGAUUCUCAAAGAAAGGGAGGAAUUGUCCUCCCGAAUUGUUCCAGUGGAGAAGUCCUAACUGAGUCAUUCCGCCUGGGAGUGAUGGACUGUCUCAUUCGUGCCCUUGCCCAAGCUGAGACUGAUUUCAUGUACAUGGUUGAACAGGAAAUGGAUGACCGACCCGAUUUAGUAUCUGUUGGUUCAUGUGUCCUAUUGGUACUUCUUCAUGGGAAGGAUUUGUACGUCCUCAACCUAGGUGACAGUAGGGCUGUUCUGUGUACCAGCGACAACACUGGAAGUGGUUUAGUAAAAGCCAUCCAACUGACAGAAACUCACACAGUUGACAAUGAAACUGAGUGCAGCAAAGUAAUAGCUGAUCACCCUGAUGAUCCCUCUCCUAUUGUUCGGGGAAGACUGAAAGGAAAACUGAGGGUAACCAGGGCACUAGGAGUUGGUUACUUGAAAAAGAGAGAAAUGAAUGAUGCGCUGAUGGGCAUCCUUCGAGUUCGAAACUUAUGCAGUCCACCAUAUGUUUAUACUGCACCAUUCACCAAAAGUCAUAGAGUUUCAGAGGAUGACCAGUUUGUCAUUGUGGGAAGCGAUGGAUUGUUCGAUUUCUUCAGCAACGAUGAAGUUGUUCAGAUUGCACAUGCGUUCAUUCAGGAAAAUCCUUUUGGUGAUCCGGCGAAGUAUCUGGUGGAGCAGCUUGUUCUAAGAGCUGCUGAAAGUGCAGGUUUCAGUACUGAGGAGCUGAUGAGCAUUCCUGUUGGGAGGAGGAGAAAGUAUCAUGACGAUGUUACCAUUAUCGUUAUCAUCCUUGGAAAUAAGCAGCGUACAUCUACUGCUUCCACAUCUUUGUAGAGAAAGUAGUCACAUCGCCCCAGAAGAAGAUACGAAGGAAGGGACCCAUAGUCUAGUUGAGGAUAGUAGUAACUAAUGAGUUGUUGGAGAACAAAAUUCAUCAUCCAGAUAUGAGGGAUACUAUUUUCAAAUUGCAUCUUCAUGGACAAAUUCUUUGGGUGGAAGGCGUGUGAUUUAGUAGGCAUUUCAUCUACAAGACAACAAUAGAUCAGCUGUUGGAAUGAGGCCUUUUACAUUUAUCCUUCUUACAUUUUCGGUACUUGUGGCUAUUGAUAAUUCUGUAAGCCAAAACCGAUGGUAGAAUGAUGUGCAUAUCUUCCACCAAAAAAGUUCUAAUUUUGUUGAUCUUGUGAGUUUCCAUUGGUACUCUUUAUCUUCCAUCUGUUGAAACCUGGGUAAUUCAAUUCAAGAGUACUCGUGUUGCUUAUAUGCUCAUUUGUAAUUAGCAUUUCUCAAGCUGAUACAUUACUGUUAAUAUUUAUAAAUAUUAAUGA